UUUUUUUUUUUUUUUUCCGCUUUUCGGUUUCAAUAUAUGGAAAUAAUAUCAUGCUAUCAUGCAUAUUCGACCAUGUAUACUAGCAUACCAGGCUGUGACAGCGAGGAAUAAAUUCGCCGAGGUGAAUUGACCGAAGCCGAGGACUCCUCCAUCGCGUGAUCUCAUGCGAUAUUUAAGUACUACCUAGCCCAGAAUCCAACGACUCCACAUUUUACCCCAGACUCUGAACUACAAUCUACCAUAUCCGAGAGAAUUUACAGCCUUUGAUAUCCAAGAAUGGCCGAGAAGAAUUCACCCAUCAUCAUCGUCGGCGGUGGACUAGCUGGCCUAGUCGCCGCUUUCGAGCUGUCCAAACGUGACGUGCACACGGUCAUCAUAGAUCAAGAGAAUGAAGCCAGCUUAGGUGGACAAGCAUUUUGGUCUCUGGGAGGCUUGUUCUGCGUGAAUUCGGCCGACCAGCGUCGGCUGGGUAUUCAAGAUAGUCGAAAGCUGGCAAUGGAGGACUGGUUCAACAGUGCUCGGUUUGAUCGGGAGUGUGACUUCUGGCCCCGGAAAUGGGCGGAGGCGUUUGUGAACUUUGCGACUGAUCAUAUGGAGCGCUAUGUCCGGUCAUUGGGGGUCCCGAGAUUUCAUAUUUCCUGGGGUGCUGGUCCCGCCAUUGUGGAGGCUUUUGAGAAACCGGUCCGUGCAGCUGCAAAGAAAGGGUUGGUGGAGUUCCUGUUUCGCCGUCAGGUGGACUCAUUAAUUGUUGAUAAGGAUACUGGUGCUGUCAUUGGCGUACGAGGCCAAGUGCUUGAACCGUCGGACACAGCACGCGGUGAGGCCAGCAACCGAAGGAGCAUCGACACAUUCGAAGUGUACGGCAGCGGAGUGCUUAUUGCAAGUGGAGGCAUCGGCGGCAAUGUCGACUUGGUUAAGAAGAACUGGCCCGUUGAUCGACUCGGGUCUCCACCGUCAAACUUCGUUAUCGGCGUCCCUGCACAUGUGGACGGACGCAUGAUUGGGAUUGCAAAAGACGCUGGGGCCAAUGUAAUCAAUGAAGACCGCAUGUGGCACUACACUGAAGGUCUACAGAACUGGGAUCCCAUCUGGCCACAGCAUGGGAUACGUAUCAUCCCAGGACCCUCGUCACUGUGGUUGGAUGCUACAGGGAAGCGGCUUCCUCCAAUGCUCUAUCCUGGAUGCGAUACCCUUGCCACCUUGAAGCACAUAUGCAACACCGGCUAUGACUAUACGUGGUUUGUGCUUGAUAAGACAGUCAUUAGCAAGGAGUUUGCACUCUCGGGCUCCGAGCAGAACCCAGAUUUGACAAGCAAAAGCAGGCUAAGAACGUUUUACCGAGCGCUUGGCUCGGCAAUCCCUGGCCCUGUUCAAGCAUUCAUGGAUAAGGGUGUGGAUUUCGUGGUGGAGCCAACAAUAUCCAAGCUGGUGGCUAAGAUGAACAAACUUGCCAAAGAACGAGGCGGUCCCACCCUAGAUGUUGAGAAGAUCGAACACGAGAUCCACCUCCGUGAUAUGCAAAUUGACAAUAAAUUCACGAAAGAUGCUCAAGUAAUGCUGAUUCAGAAUGGGCGCAACUACUGGCCAGAUCGACUGGGACGGGUGGCUAAACUACAUAAGCUAGCGGAUCCGUCACACGGCCCGUUUGUCGCUGUACGUCUGAAUCUCCUUACUCGCAAGACUCUAGGAGGUCUUGAGACAGAUUUGCAUGGAAGGGUACUCCGCCCGGAUGGGUCACAUUUCCCAAACCUGUACGCUGCAGGCGAGGUCUCGGGCUUUGGUGGCGGUGGAGUGCAUGGCUAUAGUGCACUUGAAGGAACGUUCUUGGGAGGCUGUAUCUUCUCGGGGCGAACGGCAGGCAGUAUAGAGCCUUCUAUGAACCCCCUUCUCCGGUCCUCUGUCCGCCUCUACUCAACAAUGUCUGCAUCACUGUCCCCCACGUCAUCGCCCUUCACCAAGGCCGUGGUGAGCUCCAUGAGGAAGCUCUACCCCGAAUCCCUCGCCGACAAAAGCUGGGAUAACACCGGCCUCCUCCUCGAAGCCCCCUUCAACCCAACCCGCCGCCAAAACAAUUCCGUCCUGCUAGCCAUAGACCUCACAAAAGCCGUCGCAGAGGAAGCCAUCGCGCGCAAAGACUCCGCAAUCGUCGCCUACCACCCGAUCAUCUUCCGCGGCCUCAAAUCCCUCACCUUCACCGACCCCCAACAACAAUCCCUCCUCCGUCUCGCCCAGGAAGGCAUUAGCGUCUACUCCCCGCACACAGCCGUCGACGCCACGCCCGGCGGAAUGGCCGACUGGCUCUGCGACAUCGUCACAGGCUCGAUCACCCCCUCGUCCACUACCACCAACACACCAGCCCAAUCCUCCUCGAAGACCUACUCCGCCCCAUCCUACCCAACCCCGCACGCCGUGGUCCCGGCCGACGCGAGCUCAGUCCCACCCCACACCAGAACAACCAUCCACCCCUCGGCGCCCCCUCUGCCCGAGAACAUGGAAACAGCCGGAAUGGGCCGUCUCGUCACCUUCGACGCUCCGCAGCCACUAACAACGCUCGUUGAUAGAAUUGCACAGGGUGUCGGGUUCCCCGGUGGUAUCCCCAUUGCGGUUCCGCAGGGGGCGUCGGUGGAUGAGAUUUCGAUUCGCACGGUGGGCGUUUGUCCCGGGUCCGGGUCGAGUGUGCUGAUGAAGGGGGGCAAUGUUCCUGAUUUGCUGUUUACGGGCGAGAUGAGCCAUCAUGAGGCGUUGGCGGCGAUUGAGCGCGGGAAGGUGGUUGUUGCGCUUGCGCAUUCGAAUACGGAGAGGGGGUAUUUGAGGGCGGUUAUGCGGGAGAAGUUGGAGGGCGUGCUUAAGGGGGAGUGGGAGGCUCAGCGCGCGGAGGCGUUGAAGACGUUGGAGGGUGGUGAGGAGGGGUUGGCGGAGAUUUUGAAGGAUGGGGCGUGUGAGGUGCAUGUUAGUGAGCAGGAUCGGGAUCCUUAUGGGAUCAUGGUUAGGAGGGUUUAG